UACACAUGAAUUGAACACAUUUUAGAGCAACGUCUUUUUAGCUUGAUAGCUUAUUUAUGACAACAGUUAUACAGAGGUGUGUCCUUCAGGUCCAGGCUACUUUGCAUACCUGCCCCUGUGGGAGGAGAAUUCCUCUUCCUCUUUAUCCAGCAGCCAAUAAGAUACCACUUCUAGGAUGGACAAAUGCGAUUUCAAGGUCUAGAAGGGAGCCUAACCUCACCCUAACACCUCUAAUGCUGUCAUCUUCAGGUUUCUUCUCGGUUCACAUAAUGUCAGGCAUCAAAGCAACUAAAUGCAAGGCUCUGUUACGAGUUCUGAUUCCAUGGGUUUUAUUGACCAACGUCAUGGUGGUGCUGUACUGCUUAAGAAACCCAAACCAAGUGAAACUCAGCGACUCCCAAGAAGACACGUGUCCCCUCGGUGUGGCAAAAUUACAAAACAAAAGUUUGAUCAAGCAGACUCACUCAGAAGAGUGCUCACCCAAAGUGAAUGUCAUGUUUAUGAAGACGCAUAAAACAGCUAGCAGCACCAUCCUCAAUAUCCUCUUCAGGUUUGGAGAAAAGCACAAGCUCAGGUUUGCAUUUCCUGAUGGGCGCAAUGACUUCUUCUACCCAUCGCCGUUCCUGUGCUCCCAGGUGAAGGACUACAAACCUGGAGAAUGUUUCAACAUCGUUUGCAACCACAUGCGCUUUGAUCAUCAAGAAGUGUCCAAGCUCCUGCCUCCAGACAGCGUGUACGUCACCAUCUUGCGUGACCCGGUGGAUCUUUUUGAAUCUUCCUUCCAUUACUACCACAAAGCAGUUCCCCUUACGUGGAGGAUCAGAGGUGAAAACAAGCUGGCAGAGUUUCUGAACAACCCUUGGGCCUUUUACAGUCCAGAGGCUUUCAACUCAUUCUAUCUAAAAAAUCUGCUCUUUUUUGACUUUGGUUUGGAUAACAACCUCAAGGCUGAUGAUCCUCGCGUCAUGACAGAAAUUAAGAACUUAUCAAGACGUUUUCAUCUGGUCCUCGUUGCAGAAUAUUUCGAGGAGUCUCUUAUUCUGCUGAAGGAUUUGCUCUGUUGGACAAUGGAGGACAUCCUGUACUUUAAGCUUAAUGCUCGCAAGAGCUCAUCCAUGUCUCAUUUGGAUGCUGAGAUGAGAGCCAAAGCUCUACAGUGGAAUGGGGCAGACUGGAAACUCUAUCAGUAUUUUAAUGGUACCUUCUGGGCCAGAGUCGAGGCAUAUGGGAGAGAAAGAAUGAAGCAGGAAGUAGAGGAGCUGAGGCGAAGAAAUGCUGAGAUGAAGGACAUCUGUAUUGAAGGCGGAGGUGCGGUUGAAGCGCAGAAGAUUCAGAACAGGCGUUUCCUGCCCUGGCAGCCGGUGGGAGAGAGUUCCAUCCUGGGUUACAACAUUAAGAAAGAUGUUGAUCCGAGAUUCAGGACAGUCUGUGAAAAAAUGCUCACACCUGAAAUACAAUACUUAUCUGAGCUGGGUGUAAGCCUGUGGCUCACAAGACUGUGGGGUUGGUUAAAAGAUGCUAUCUACUGACAGCUGAGCCAUAGCCUACUGGUUUUAACAAGCAAAUUGAGUAAAAAUACUAAUGUAGUGAAUGUUCGUGUGUUAUGCUCAUCUCCUAACAAAUGUUUUCACCUUAUUUAUUUUUAAACAUUUUCAGGUUUUAAUAAUAAAUUCUUACUGGCAGUUCAUUGUCACGUGAAAAUAUGCCUAUCUAAACUGUAAACACAGUAAUGUCACAUUUUGUGCACGUGUUAUGGAAUAUAUUCAGAGAAAGGCCAAAACAUUGGUUAUGUGUAUCUCAAAUAAUACUCAACAAAUACUGUGCUAGUGUGUUAGUGGCAAUGUGUUUAUGUUUUCUUUUUAACAUUAGGUUUAGGCUUAAACAGGCUGGCUACUUACAAAACCAGCAUUCCUGUUAUAAUGUGUUUAUAUGUUUGUUUUCUAAUACAUUUGUUUCAAGCUAUGUAACAGCUCACCUACCCCUGGUAUUGGUGUUUUGUUAAGCACAUGGUAAUCGAGCCAUUAGUGAGUCAUGAGCGAUACCUGGAUUCUUGCAGGUGGAAGUAUGAGGCAGUGAUAGUGUGCCCUCCACUGGCCUGGGACUCAAAUGCAGCUGUGUGGAAUGUAUUUAAAUGGCUGAGGCCUUUCUCCAACCCUCUCAAUAGUUUACACCAGUUGUCUUCAUCAAUAAGAUGGUUGGACACGCGCAC